AUGAGUGCUACUGCAGCCACCAAGUGUUACCGUUGUUACGAAUCGGGACAUUUCGCUCGUGAAUGCACGCGUGCUGAAAGAAACGAAAGAAGCGACAGAAUGUUCAACAGCAAUCGAGGAGGACGAGAAAAUAAGUGUUACAAAUGCAACGCUCAUGGUCAUUUUGCCCGUGAUUGUAAAGAAGAUCAAGACAGGUGUUAUCGUUGCAGCGAGAUUGGCCACAUCGCCCGAGACUGCGUCAGAUCGGACUCAUCGCCCCAGUGUUACUCUUGCAAAGGUGUAGGUCAUAUCGCUCGUGAUUGCCCAGAUUCGUCGUCAAAUAAUUCCAGACAUUUUUCUGCUAAUUGCUACAAUUGCAAUAAAACUGGUCAUAUGGCACGAGAUUGUCCGAAUAGUGGUGGUGGAAAAACGUGUUACGUUUGCAGAAAACAAGGUCAUAUUAGCAGAGAUUGUCCUGACAAUUAA